AUGGUGGUUACAGAAAAUGAUUCUGAAGAAAGAAAGGCCCUGCAGGAGUACUUGUUUAGAGAGUUUGAAAUGAAAGAUCUAGGUCUUCUGAAAUAUUUUCUUGGGAUUGAAGUAUCUCGAUCCAAUAAAGGAAUAUUUUUAUCCCAAAGGAAAUAUGUCUUACAUCUUUUACAGGAAACCGGAAUGUUAGGAUGCCAACCAAUUGAUACACCAGUGGAAGAAGGCCUAAAGCUAUAUGUGGAGCCCAACCAGGUACUGGCUGAUAAAGGAAGAUACCAAAGACUUGUUGGGAGAUUGGUGUACUUAGCCUAUACCAGACCAGAUCUAGCUUAUGCAUUAAGUAUUGUCAGUCCGUUUAUGCAUAAUCCCGGAGAGCAACAUAUGAAUGCAGUUAUGCGGAUUUUGAGGUAUCUGAAAUCUGCUCCUAAAAAGGGAAUUUUGUUUACAAAGAACUCAGAUCAUCAAAGCAUAAAAGCGUAUACUGAUGCUGACUGGGCUGGUGCCGUGGAUGAUAGGCGAUCUACUUCCGGUUACUUUACCUUUGUAGGUGGUAAUCUUGUGACAUAG